AUGGCGCCCAUUAAAGCUUUUUGGUUCGAUUUCAUGGGCACUUCCCUCGACUGGCAUUCGAGCAUCGUGGCGGCUCUGCCUACCGAGCUCCCUGAAUCUAAAAGAUCAAUAUUCGCGAUGGAAUGGAGGCAAGCUUACUUUGACGAAAACAUCAAACACUUGAGCGAGGGCAAACCGGUGGAAGACUUCGACGAAACUCAAUGGCGGGUCCUCGAGUCUACGCGACUGCAGUUGGGUCUUGUCAAGUCCGCUGGGUUACGCUACGACAUGGUAUUCUCAAGUGAGUUACUGGGUUUCUAUAAGCCUUCACCGGAAAUUUAUCAAAAAGCCAUGAAGCUCCUGAAACUCAAUCCUGAUGAGUGUGUGAUGGUGGCCGCCCACACAAGCGAUCUGAAAGGUGCCAAGGCCGUUGGGAUGAAAACGGUGUAUGCGCACAGAUGGACGGAUGAUAUCAAAGAAGAUCAAGAAACAAUUCGGAGGGAGAACGAUGGCUAUUUGUCCGACAUGCACGAUUUAGAUGAUGUCAUUGCCAGCUUUUGA